GCUCGGUAUUAAAGCAAAAUGGACGCCUUUGUGUCUGUUUUCUUCGUACUAUAAUAAAAUAAAUAAAUUAUUAUAAUAACUAUUGAUAUAUAAAAUUUUAAAAAAUAAUAAUUAUAAUAAUAUUAUAAAUUAAUAUAAAUUAUUAAUUUUGUUAUUAAUAAUGGUGUUGUUAUUUAUAAUUUAUUGUGAUUAAAAUACGCGUCUAAUAUCAAGUAGGCCACAGCCACGGAUGACAAUUGUGUGUUGAAUAUCAACGACUUGUAAAACAUUUAUGUGAAAGUUUUUUAAUAUAAUUUUAUUUAUUUUUAAUUUAUAAUUAUUUUAUUAUAUUAAUUAUUAAUUUAUGAUUUGUUUGAGAGGUCGCUUAGUCAUUUCAUCUCCCGCCAAAAUAAUAUUUUAUACAUUGUAUUUGUCAGCAUAAAUAAUCAUCAGCCGUUUGAUAAAAAUAAAUAGUGUUAAAAAAAAGUGAAAUAAUAAAAAAUGGAUUGUUUAUUGCAAGAUCCAAGAGCAUCAUCAAAAUUUGGCUGAGAUUUGUCAAGAGCAUCAUGGGAACUUGAAAAAAAAAAAUAAAUAAACAAAAGACUAUUUCAGUUGUCAUUAUUUAAGUAAAAACAUUUAUGAGAUUUAAAAAAAAUAAUAGUGAUAAGUGCAGAUGGACAAUAAUAUUGAGUGUAUAAACAAAUAAUAAUAUAAAAAAAAAAUUGAUAAGAAAGAUUAUAAUAAAAAAAAUAAUAAAUAAACAAAGCAACAGGUUGUGAAAAUGUUUAAACUGUUGAAAUGGUUAACGAGUGAAUGCAAUAAUUUUCGAGGAAUUGCAUUGACCAAGGACCACUGCGUGUUGUGAGCUUCACUGACAAGACAAAGGUGUAAUGCCAGAGCUAAUCGAACUCAAAAUGAAUGGGGUAACUAUACCAAGUGUACCAAUAACUACCCUCGCUGGUAUAGCGAGUUUAACAGAUUUGUUGCCGGAAAUGCCCCUGCCAACACCAUUACCACAAACAUUAACAAACAAAUCAUUAUUAUUUCAUCCACGUGUUGCCGAAGAGGCUACAAUAUUAUUAAGUAAUCGUGAUGAAACAUUGGUACCACAAUUAUUAUUAUCAUUGUCACAAACAUCAUCAGAUAAUAUUGAAUUAAAAGAUCAUCAUUUAAAAAUUGAUCAACCACAUGAGACUGAAGAAAAUACCCCUGAAUUGCUUAAAGCAAUAUUACAAUUAAAUCCUCAUGUAUUUAAAGGUCCACAAUAUAAUUCACCACGUAAUUGGCCACAAAAUACACAAUUAAUGAAUGCAAAUCAAUCACCAGCAAAUUAUGGUAAAUAUUCACCAUCAUAUUCGAAUUCAUCUGGUUCACGACAAACACCACAAGGUAGUCCAGCACAUCCAGCAUCAGCAAGAACUGUAUUACCACCACCAACAACUAAUUUAUCACAUACACAACAUCAAAGAAUGCCAAUGACACCACAAAAUCAUGCUGAUGUAUCACAAAUGUCACCAUUUGCUGUGCCUUCACCAUCACCACGUGCAACUGUUAUUACCGAACAAACAAGAACAACACCACAACAUAUACAAGAUGAUGUUAAUUGUAUUAAUACAAUAACUAAUAUUAAUCCACAUCAAAAUAUUUAUUCACCAGCUCAUAUAGGAUCACAAAGUCCAGCAAUGAUGCAAUGUAGUCCAAUGCAAUCACAUCAACAACAAAUUCAUCCACAACAACAACAACAACAACAUCAACAACAAAUUCAAAAUCAUCCACAUCAUAAUAUGUCUGGUUUAACUACACCACAACACUCGAUACAUCAUAUAGCAUCACCUAUGGUGGAUGGAUCUAAUAUGCCAAAUCAACAAAUGAAUAUUAAUAUGAAUAUGCAACAGUCAUUAUUUGAUCCAAUAAUGACACAACCAAUGCAUCAUUCAAUGAAUAAUACACAGAAUCUUGAUCUUGGUAAUACAGUUGGUGAUAAUUCAUCAUUUUUACUUGAUACAGUUGCUGUAUUGCCAGAUAUUGAUUUACCAAUUGAAGCAAUUGAUCCAAAACCAAUGCAUCAGCUUUCUCAACAACACCAACAACACCACCAACAACAACAAUUACAACAAUUACAUCAUACAGAACAACAACAACAACAACAACAACAUCCCCAACACCAACAACAGCAGCAUCAACUUCAUCAGCAUCACCAUCAACAAAUACAUCCUAUAAUUACACCUACUCUUCAUCAAUCUCAUCAUCAACCAGUUGAAAAUGUUGUACAUCCACAAAUACCUCCAAUUUAUCCAAAUUUAACUCCUGAUAGUAUUGGAAGUAGUCUUGAUUCUGCUCUCAAUAUGCCAAUGCAGCAACAAAUGAUAUCACCUCAUCUUCAAAUGCAACAAGAGACUCAUCAUCAUCUUCAUCAUCACCAACAGCAGCAGCAACAGCAGCAAUUGCUUCAACAACAACAAAUGCAUGAACAACUUAUGCAUCAGCAAAUGCAGCAGCAACAAAUGCAUCAACAACAUCAACAAGGCCAAAUACAUCAUCAUCAACAACAGCAACAAGAACAAAUGCAUCAUCAACCGCAUGAACAUAUGCAUCAUCAACAACAAGAACAAAUUCACCAACAGCAAGAACAAAUUCAGCAACAUCCACAACAAAUAAUUCAUCAGCAACAGCAUCAACAACAGCAACAACAGCAGCAGCAGCAGCAACAACAACAACAGCAGCAGCAGCAACAUCAACAGCACCAACAGCCACAACAACAACAACAGCCACAACAGCCAUCUCAACAUUAUCAAAUGCCUGAUAAUGUUAUGCGCGAUGUAAAAAUGUCUGUACAAAUGAAUGAAACAAAAUUAAAAGAACCAGUUGUCAUGUUAAAUAGAUUAUCAGCAGCUGAUCAAGCACUUAUGCAACAAAGUCUAGCAGCAUUUACAGAAAAAUCACCAAAUCUUGCUGCUAAAAUGGGUCUUACAAGUCAAGUACCAAUAAAAUCAGAAUCUGAUAGUGAGGAUGAUUAUGAUAGAGCAUUUAAAACACGUGGUAAAGAUCGUCAAAAGAAAAAACCUGAAACACCACGUAAACGUAAAAAAAUGACAAUUGAUGAUGAUACAGAUGAUGAUGAUGAUGGUGAUAAUGAUGAUAAAAAAGAUGGUGAUAUCUUAUUAUCACCAAUUAAACCAAAAAUACGUAAAAUUGAAAAAAAAUUAAUUCCUGUAUUGGCAAAAUUAAGUGUUGAUGAAUUAAUGGAAACAAAUACUUAUCAACGUUUUAAUGCAACAAUUGAUACAAUAUUUGAAAAUACUGAAGAUGAUACAACAAUAAUUGAACUUGAUGAAGAUGGUGAUGUACCACAAGAAAUGCUUAUUCCAAAAUAUCAAUUACAAGAUUUAUGUAGAGAAGCAGCAAAAUUAAAAUCACUAAGAGCAAUGGAAUCAAUACCAUCAGAUAGACUUGUUAGAUUAUUAAAUAUAUUAGAAAAAAAUAUACGUGAUGGUGCAAGAGUAUCACCAUUAGCUGAUCCAGAUGAUGAUGUUGAUGAAACAAGAUUAUGGAUGCAACUGGCUAUGGAAAGAGUACAACGUGCUGUUGAUGCAUCAUUAAUUGCAUUAAAUAUAAUGACAUCACAAAAUAUGAAAAAAAUUAUAUAUCUUGAAGAUGUUAUUGAUCGUAUUGUAUUAUUUAUGAAAUUUCAAUUAAAUAAUACAAUAUAUCCUUCAUUUGAUCCAGUAUAUAGAAUAGAUUCAAAAAAUAAGACUGAAAAUUAUAAUACAAGUGGUGGAAGAAAAAAAAGGGGCCAAGUUAAAGAAGUACGUGAAAAAAGUAUUCUUGAAGUAUACAGUAAAAUGCAUGAACUUGUAUCAUUACUUGCUGAAUUAUUAAAUAUACAAAUAUUAACUGAUACAACUGUUUUACAUGCAUCAACAAUGGGUGUUGCACCAUUUUUUGUUGAAUCAGUUAGUGAAUUACAAUUAUCAUCACUUAAACUUGUUACAGUUAUAUUUACAAAAUAUGAAAAACAUAGAAAAUUAUUACUUGAAGAUAUACUUGCAUCAAUAGCAAGAUUACCAAGUAGUAAAAGAAGUUUACGUAGUUAUAGACUUAAUUCAGAGGAUCAUAUACAAAUGUUAACAGCAAUGGUAUUACAAUUAAUACAAUGUGUUGUUACAUUACCAGAUAGUGUUACCAAACAAUCAGAUAAUAAAAUUAAUAAUAACAAUAAUAAUAAUAUAAUUGAUAAUGAUAAUGAUAAUAAUAAAAAAAAUAAUAGUAAUAUUAUUAAUAAUAAUACAACAACUAAUUCUACUUCAACGACAAAUAAUAAAAAGUCAACAAAUGUUGAUUUAGAUGUAUUAAUUAUAAAUAAAUAUGAUACAGCAACGAGAAUUGCUGCAAAUUUUUUAUCUGUAUUUUUAAAUAAAUGCAGUAGUAAAGGUUCUGAUAUUGAUUAUCGUCCAUUAUUUGAAAAUUUUGUACAAGAUUUAUUAGCAACAGUUAAUAAACCAGAAUGGCCAGCAGCUGAAUUAUUAUUGAGUCUAUUGGGUUCAUUAUUAGUUGGUCAUUUUUCAAAUAAAUCAUCAGAUAUGUCAUUGAGAGUUGCAUCAAUUGAAUAUCUUGGUGUUGUUGCAGCAAGAUUACGUAAAGAUGCUGUUAAUUCACAGUGUAAAUUAUCAACAAUUGAUCAAAUUGUUAAAGAUAUUAAAACAGAACAACAAAAAGAUAUUGAUUAUGAACAAACUAAAAAUAUCAAUGGUCUUAGUAAUGAUGAUGAACGUACAAUGUUUUUACAACGUGUAUUACUUGAUCAUUUAGCUGUUAAUAGUACAAAAGAUUCACCAUUAAGUUAUGCAAGACAUUUUUAUAUUGCACAAUGGUAUCGUGAUUGUACUAUUGAAAAAAAUCGAGUUGGACAAACAAAAAAUAAUACACCAAUUAAAAAACCACAAACUCAUAAUAGCAAAAAAAAAAUUAUAAAUAAAAAACGUAAUAAUAAACAACAUAUUAUUGAUAGUGAUAAUGAAGAUGAUAAUGAUGAUGAUGAUGAUGAUGAUUCAGAUAUUGAAACAAUAAAUCAAGAUGAAAAUGAUAAUAAUGAACAAAAAUAUUCUGAAGUAUAUAGAUUAAUUGAAGAAAAGAAAAAAUUUAUAAUAUCAUCAAUACGUCCAUGUAGUUCAACAACAAAACCUGAUAUAUUACAAACAUAUAUUGAUUAUAGUUCAGCUGAAUUAAUAUCACAAUAUCUUGCAUCAAAAAGAUCAUUUUCACAAAGUUUUGAUACAUAUUUAAAACAAAUUGUACGUGUAUUAACUGAAUCAUCAAUAGCCAUUAGAACAAAAGCAAUGAAAUGUUUAACAAUGAUUGUUGAAGCUGAUCCAAGUGUAUUAGCAAGAGCUGAUAUGAAAUUAGGUGUACAUAAUUCAUUUCUUGAUCAUUCAACAUCAGUUAGAGAAGCAGCAAUUGAUCUUGUUGGUAAAUUUGUAUUAAGUAGACCAGAAUUAAUUGAUAAUUAUUAUGAAAUGUUACUUGCAAGAAUAUUAGAUACUGGUGUUAGUGUGAGAAAACGUGUUAUUAAAAUACUCAAAGAUAUAUGUAUUGAAUGUCCAACAUUUUCAAAAGUACCAGAAAUAUGUGGUAAAAUGAUUAGAAGAAUAAAUGAUGAAGAAGGUAUACGUAAAUUAGUUAUGGAAGUAUUUCAAAAUAUGUGGUUUACACCAGUUACAGAUAAACCAACACUUGAUACAUCAGCAUUAUUAAGAAAAGUUAUGAAUAUAACUGAUGUUGUUGCACAAAAUAAAGAUCUUGGACUUGAAUGGUUUGAACAACUGCUGGUUAGUUUAUUUAAACCAAAAGAAGAUAAAGAUGAUAGAACAAAAAUACAAACAGAACCACCAAAAGCAUUAUUAACAGCAUGUAAACAAAUUGUUGAUUGUUUAAUUGAAAAUAUAUUACGUCUUGAAGAAUUAAAUUUAGAUGAUAAUAAAUUAGAUAGUGGUAAAAAAGGUGCAUCACAAAGAUUAGUUGCAUGUUUAACAACAUUAUAUUUAUUUGCUAAAAUAAGACCACAAUUAUUAGUUAAUCAUGCAAUAACAUUACAACCAUAUUUAAGUUUAAGAUGUCAAACACAAGGUGAUUAUCAAAUAAUAAGUAGUGUUGCACAUACUUUAGAACUUGUUGUACCACUUAUGGAACAUCCAAGUGAAACAUUUUUAGCACAACUUGAAGAAGAUUCAGUUAAAUUAAUAUUACAACAUGAUAAAUCAGUUGUUGCUAGUUGUUUAUCAUGUCUUGGUUCAAUUGUUAAUAAUGUUACAAGAAAUUUUAAAUUAAUACGUGAUUGUUUUAAUGAAUAUUAUGGUUGUUUAACAUUGUAUAAAGAUUGGUAUGAAAAAGAUACUAGAAAUCCAAUGUUAUUAAGAAAAAGACCAUUAUUUAGAAGAGCAUUAUUUACUGUUGGUUUAUUAUUGAGACAUUUUAAUUUUACUGAUCCUGAAGUUAUUAAAGAUUUACCAGAUAAUAUUAAAGAUCAAGUAUUUGAAACAUUAAGUUAUUUUGUACAACUUGAUAAUGAUGAUAUACGUCAACAUACAUUAACAGCAAUUGGUUCAUUAUGUAUAAGACAUUAUGAAUUUAUGAUGAUGCCUGAAUUAAAAGAAUUAUAUCAUUAUUUAUUAACAUCAGAUAAUGCAUUAGUUACAAUGAAAACACAAGUAUUAAAUAAUAUUGAAAUGUAUUUACAAGAAGAAGAAAAACGUAUGAUUAAACAAGAUCAAGAAUGGGCUAAAUUAUCUAAACAAGAAAAUCUUAAAGAAAUGGGUGAUGUAUCAUCUGGUAUGGCAAGUACUGUUAUACAAUUAUAUUUAAAAGAAAUACUUGAAUCAUUUUUACAUACAAAUAUUAAUGUACGUCAUUCAGCAUUAAAAGUUAUACAAUUAAUAUUAGCACAAGGUCUUGUACAUCCAGUACAAAUUGUACCAUAUCUUAUUUGUAUGAGUACAGAUAUUGAAAAAAUGGUUAGUCAUAGUGCUGAUAAACAAUUACAAGAAAUUGAAAAAAAAUAUCCUGGUUUUAUACAUAUGAAAUCACAAUUUGGUAUUAAAUUAAGUUAUAGAUUACAAAAAAUAUUACAAAAUGAUAUUAUUGUUAGAGGUAUGAAAACAAAAGAUGGUGAAAUACCAAGUGCAUUAAAUGGUUUUUUAUAUACAAUAUUAAGAAAUACUAAACAACAAAGACGUGCUAUUGUAUUAUCAUUUUUAAAACAAUUUGAUGAAACAGCUAAAUCAAGUUUAUCACAAAUGUUAUUUUUAGCUGAUAAUCUUGCUUAUUUUUCAUAUCAAGUACAAGAUGAACCAUUAUUUAUUAUUCAUCAUAUUGAUAUUAUAAUAUCAAUGUCUGGUAUGAAUUUAUUACAAUCAUUUAAAGAAGCAUUAUUACCAAAACCAGGACAAGAUAAUCAAAUAAAUCAACAAUUACAACAACCACAACCACAAUUACAACCACAAUUACAACAACAACAACAACCACCACAAUUACAAGAACAAUUAUUAAUUAAUCAACAAGAUCAGCAGCAACAACAACAACAAUUAGUUCAACCAAUGAUUUAUGGUCCAGAUGGACAACAACAAAUACCAGCACAAAUUAAUCCAGCUACUAUUGAUGAUGAAGAAGAAGAUGAAGAAGAUGAUGAAGCAAUAUUAGCAAGAUUACCUGAAGAUACAACUUUAUUACGUCAAUAUAUAACAGCUAGCCAAGGAUUUUUAUUAUUAUUAACACUUAGACAACAUCUUAAAGAAGUUUAUGGUUUUUCAGAUGCUAAAAUAAGUCAAUAUUCACCAUCAGAAUCAGCAAAAGUAUAUGAAAAAGCAGUAACACGUAAAAGUACAAUGCUUUUUUUACCAAAAGCAACAUUAGUUAAAUUAAAAGAAGAUUUAAAUGCAACUGAACAACUUGAUGAACAAGGUAGAAAAAAACUUGUUGCUGAAUAUCUUGAUUUUCGACAACUUAUGCUUAAAUUUGAUCCUGAAGAUCCAGAAGAAGAUAAUGCUGAUAAUAAUAUUACAAAUUCAACAUUAUCACCAAUUAAAAAUCAACAACAAAAUCAAACUAACAUGGAUAUAUCACCAAUAGCAUCAAAUAAUACUACUGAUACAAAUAGAAUAACAACAACAACAAAUGAUAAUAAUUUACAAUUUUCAAAUAUUAAUUCAAAUAUGCCACCACCAACAGUUACACCACGUGUACCAAAAUUAACAAUACAUACUGAUACAAAUAAAGAACAUCGUAAACAUCGAACGCACAAAACAGAAAAAGUUAAAAAACAUAAAAAGAAAAAAAGAAGAAGAAUCUCUGAUAGUAGUGACAGUGGUGGUGAUGAUUGUAGUGAUCCUGAUUUUAUGGUUUAAUAAAUAAACUUUAAUUUAACAUUUUAAAAAAAUGUGUGUGCGUGUGUGUGAGUGUUGUGUGUGUAUAUAUUCAAAACUCUUUGAGUGAAAAUAUAAUACAAAAUAAAUAAAUAUAUAUAUAUUUUCUUUUUUUAUUUUAUUUAUUUUAAAUUUUUAAAAUAAAAAGAAAAAAAAAUCUCAUCUAUAUUUGUGUUUGGACGUUGUUAAGCGAUAAAUUACAAAUACCUGGUGAUUAAAAUUUUAAUAAAAAAAAACUAUCGGCAAUAGGAGUGAGAAAUUUUUUGUAAUUUUAAGUUGAAAAAAAAAUAUGCGAAUUAUUAAAAUUGAAAAAGCAUGAAUAAUAAAAAAUAAAUAAAUUAAAUAUGUUUAUGAAAUUUUCGUAUUAAUAAACUGCUAUAGUUAUUGAAUAAUUUAAAAAUUAAUUAAGGAACUUGGUUUAAGCCAUGACGUUUAAUUUUAAUUGUCAAAUAGUUUAUUUAUCUAUAUUAAAUAUAUACAUAUUAUUAUAUGCAAUAUGAAUAAUUUAAUUAUUGCGUGAAUAGUCAACGAGAUAUCAUUUUCGUUACAAUUAUAUUAUAUUUUUUUUUACUCAAAAAUAUUAUCAUAUAUAAAUGUAAAUUAAUAAACACUAAGAGUGGUUUUAUUGAUUUUAAUAUUUUAUAAAAUUCAAAAUAAUAUUUACGUUAAUUAAUAAUAAUUUUUAAUAAAAACCAAGUUCCUCGUGUGAGAGAUCGAUAUCAAGACUAUUCGGACUUUUAUUUAAAACAAAAAUAAUAGAUUUUUUUUUUUUUUUUAUUUCAUUAUAAUUUUGUAAUUAAAAAAAAACUACAAGAAAAUUU